GGAUACACAUGUCAGUGUUGAUGUUGUUAAAAUUUGUUCCGAGAUUUCUACCAUGUUUCUGUAGGAUAAAACAGUUUGAUUUUGUUAAAGGGCACGUUAAUAAAUUGUACUUCCAUAUAACUAUGGCUUCAGGUAGACGGCCAGAGCACAGAGCUCCCCCAGAAAUGUUUUAUAAUGAAGAAGAAGCAAAGAAGUACACCUCCAACACAAGGAUGAUUGAAAUUCAGAUGACUAUGUCUUCGCGCGCUAUCGAACUUCUUGCGUUGCCUCAAGACACUGCUAGUUACGUUUUGGAUGUUGGAUGCGGCUCAGGAUUGUCUGGUGAGAGUCUAACUGAGGAAGGUCAUCAUUGGGUCGGGCUUGAUAUCAGCAAGGCAAUGCUUGAUGUAGCUCUUGAACGUGAAUGUGAAGGUGAUAUGAUCCACAGUGACAUAGGUCAAGGAUUAUUUUUUAGGCCUGGUACAUUUGAUGGUGUUAUAAGUAUAUCUGCACUUCAAUGGUUGUGCAAUGCAGACAAGAAGUCACACAAUCCACCCAAGAGGUUAUACAAAUUCUUCUCAACUCUGUAUGCUUCAAUGAGGCGUGGCAGUAGAGCUGUUUUCCAAUUCUACCCAGAGAAUUCAGAUCAACUUGAGUUGAUCACGUCGCAAGCAAUGAAAGCUGGUUUUACAGGCGGCCUAGUUGUUGACUAUCCAAACAGUACAAGAGCAAAAAAAAUGUUCUUGUGUUUAUUUACUGGUGGUGCUAAUACACAACUUCCACAGGGUUUGGGAACUGAAGAAACAACACAAUCAGAAGUAAAGUAUAGCGAUUCUAGGAAUAGGUGGAAGAAAAUGAAAGGAAAGUCAGCAAAGAAAAGCAAGGAUUGGAUUCAAGAGAAAAAGGAAAGGAGACGAAGACAAGGAAAAGUAGAUGUACGUCCUGAUUCCAAAUACACAGGAAGGAGAAGAGCUGGCAAAUUCUGAAUAGACUGUAAAAUACUGUACCAUCAAACACUCUUGAUCAAGUGAUCAUCAACGCUUUCGAAGAACUUGGCAUUAUUAUGUUUGAAAAUAAUAAAUGAUGUAGAAAGUUAUAUUGCACAGUACGGUACAUAAAGUAUCAAAAUAUCGAAGACAGUAGUGGUACAAUAUUUUAUUUUUGCUUCGAACAGCAAGUAUGCUUCAUGUGAGGAUGCACAGUUUGGGCCUACAGUCUUUCAGGUAUUUACGUACAUGAUUCAUCCAAAAUACUGCAGAUAUAUUUUUUACAGUAGUGUCCUGGGAGUCUAGAUACUGUAGUAAAUUUGUAUGUAUGUUUUAAAAAGGACUACCUGUACUUGACAUUUGAUCAUCCUUUUUACAACAGUGGGAAACUGGGACAACCUUUAAUACUGCAUUUGAAUGAAAUAAAAAAAAAUUUGAGUAAUAUAUUUUAGCCAUGUGGCCAGCAUACAUGGUAAGAGCAGCUUUUUAGCUGUACGAGUAUUAUGGUUACCAUUUUAUAAUUACAUCACCUUAUAGUGUUUUAGUUUUUAGUUUAUUUCUAUAAAUUGUUUUUAAAAUAGUGGAAAGCAAAAAUUUACUCAUUUAUGUUGUGGUAACUGGUAACACAAAAGUAAUAGUCAUCAUACAAAUCUCAAAAUAUUCAUGGUGGACAUAAAAUUAAAUUAUUGUUGCAUGUUCACCUAAAAUACUGUUUUAAAGUAGUCGGGUAAAUAAGGACAUGAAUUGACCAUCUGUCUUGUUUUUUGGCGAUUUAUAGUUUGGGAAGUACGUAUCUAGACCUUGCCCAUCAUCAGUACUGAUGCUAUCCUGAAAAUAAUUUUGCACAUAUUCCACUAUAAUUGGCUAACCAGCAUCAAUAAAAGACUUUAGACUGCUUCAA